ACGGCAGCCACAACCCACAACAUGCACAACGGAUCGAGCUCGCAAGUGUUCAUCAUGCCCGCUGCCGCCCAUGUCCACUACCUUGUCGCGGGAGGCUCCGGAGGAGGCGACGAGCCCAGGUACCCCUGGACCUUCAAGUCCCUGCACGAGGUGGACGCCGUCGUCCCUGCCAUCGCCCGUGGCAGCAAGAGGCCGGCCGCCGUCCCCGGUGGAGCACAGGUAGAGCCCUACGGGUGCCCCAUCUGCUUCCGCGUGUUUGCCACUGCCAAGGCCGUCCAUGGCCACAUGCGCAGCCACACGGACCGCACCUGGCGCGGCAUGGAGCCGCCCCGGCCGCCGCCCCUGGGCGAGAUCCGUUACCCGUACGUGUGCGACCGCUGCAAGAUGCCGUUCCAGACGCGGCAGGCGCUCGGCGGCCACCGCGCCAGCCACAAUGGUAAGAAAGGCUGCUCCUGGCUCGAAAGAGAGGAGCUCGCCGCCGCCGAAGAAGCUCGGAAGCCCGUCGUGUUCGGUGUUGAUCUGAACCUUCCGGCUCCCGAGGCAGAUCAGGAACAGGGGGAGGAGUAGUAGGAGCGAUCAACAGAUCGAUCGAGCAGCUUGCUAGUGUUCUCAGUUGACAGUUGCUGGAGCUGUGCUUGCGUGUGCUAUAUUUGGUGUUUAGCUUCUCCGAUAUUAUAUUCUGCCUUCCUUCUCUUUGACUUUGUGUUUCGAGACUUGGGUUGCAAAUAGCUCUCGAUCGAUCGAUCCCCGCUUAAU